UGUCAAUUUCCACAUGUUAAUGUUUACAUUUUUCUUGAACCUUAUUUAUUCGAUUGAAAAAUGGUUAACAAAGAGUGGAUUAAAGUGACACCUGCUUUAUCAAAACCUACACUGAGAUGCAUCAAUAAACAAGGCUUUAAAACAAUGACUCCAAUACAAGCAGCUGUGAUACCACUUAUAUUAUCGUGUAAAGAUGUUGUGGCAGAAGCAGUCACUGGAUCAGGAAAAACUCUUGCCUUUGUAGUUCCAAUGCUAGAAAUGCUAUUAAAAAAACAAAAAGAUUCACCAUUGAGGAAGGAAUUCGUUUACUCUGUUAUUAUAUCGCCAACAAGGGAACUGGCGACUCAGAUUUUUCAGGUUAUAGAAUUAUUUUUAAAAGAACCAGAGCUGUCCCACAUUACACUAGCAUUGAUGGUUGGUGGAAGGCCAAUAGAGACAGACAUAGACAGCAUCAGUAAAGGUGCUCAGCUGGUUGUAUGUACUCCUGGUCGCUUAGAGGAUUUACUAUCAGAAAGGAAACAACUUAAUUUAGCUGGCAGAUUAAAAGAAUUGGAAUUCUUAGUACUUGAUGAAGCUGACCGUUUACUAGACCUAGGCUUCAGUGCUACACUAACAACAAUCCUUCAGUAUUUACCAAGACAACGGAGGACUGGUCUGUUUUCUGCAACACAGACUAAGGAAUUACAAGAUUUGGUUAGAGCCGGUCUGCGAAACCCUGUUUUAAUAAGUGUUAAAGAGAAAUCAACAAUAAGUACUCCUCUAGCUUUGGAAAAUUUCUACAUAAUAGUUGAACCUCAAGAUAAAUUCUUAUUUCUAUUAAACUUUAUAAGGAAUAGGAAAACAAUGAAAGGUUUAUUCUUUCUGCCAACUUGUGCAUGUGUGGACUAUUGGGCGGAUGUUUUGCCGCUUUUUAUACCAGAUAUUAAGGUAUUCGCAAUACACGGUAAAAUGAAACAAAAAAGACAUAAAAUAUUGGAACAAUUCCGUGAAGCUGACAACACAAUAUUGUUAUGCACAGAUUUAUUGGCAAGAGGUCUUGAUAUACCUGAAGUAGAAUGGGUAGUGCAAUGGGAACCUCCUACAAGUCCCGCAGCUUUAGUACACCGUGUGGGUCGUACAGCUCGCGGUGGUGCUAAAGGAUUCUCCUUACUACCCUUAUUACCUACUGAAGACACAUAUAUACCUUUUAUUAAGACCAAUCAAAAGGUGGAACUCAAGGAUUGGCGGAAAUCAACAGAUGAGAUUAAAAUUAGUCAAAAACUACGAGAUAAGGUUUUAACAAUACUUCAUGAGCAACAGAAAAGGGACAGAGGUAUAUUAGAUAAAGGUCAACGCGCAUUUGUGUCUCAUAUACAAGCAUAUUCCAAGCAUGAAUGUAACAUUCUCCUACAACUUAAAGAACUACCCCUAGGUCACAUAGCAACCAGCUAUGGUCUACUAAAAUUACCUUUAAUGCCAGAAAUUAAAGAAGAACAUAGAAAACAGUUUAUCGGACCUAAAGAGGCAAUAGAUUUUAAUUCAAUACCAUAUAAAGAUAAACAAAAAGAAACAAGCCGAUUACAGAAGUUAGAAGAAUUCAAAAAAACUGGUGUUUGGCCUUCUAAGAAGAAAAAGAAGAUGGUUCAAUCACAACCAUGGCAACAGGCAAAACAGAAUAAAGAAGAGAGGAAGCAGAAAAAGAAGAAGAGAAAAGAAGCACAGAAGGCUACUGAGGGAAAGAGAGGUAAGAAACGGCGGGCAGUCACACAGGAAGAAAUGGACGAACUGGCAGCCGAUGUGGCACUUAUAAAGAAAUUGAAAAAACGAAAAAUAACUAAAGAACAAUUUGAUGACGCAUUUGAUGUCAAUAAAUAGUUAUAAAUGUAA